CAUGUCAAUCUCAACCUUCCAAGUUCUCUGUUCGGACCUUUGUUGUAUCUUCGCAUCUAUAACUGGAGUUAAAAUGCUGUUUAGCGGGGUGACUUAUAGGGCCUGUCGAAGCAUCUUGAGAUUUUCAUCCUUCUUCAUUCCCAUAUCCAAAAUUCCGAAUGGUUGAGACAACCCCUGUGGAUGCGUUGGAGACAAUUCGAGCUGGGUUGUUCGUUCGUUUUGCCCAAGGUACGAUAACCAGAAAUUCCGUGUCCCUCCUUUGGCAGUGUGCCCUCACGGACUCGUUUAGUUGCUGCAGCAACACUUUUCAGCUACGACGUUCUUCUCAAUUUAGACGCCGAACUGAAGUACGUAUGGGCAGCCCUCAGUCCUCGAAAACAACGGCCGAUCAAAAUAGGGUCUGCGAUGUUCAACCUGUUGUACCUUGUACAAAGGUAUCUACCAUUGUGGGAUCGAGUUAUCUUGGAUACCUAUUACAUGCUGGGCCCGUCCAACGCGAAAUCAUGUGAGGUCACGUUAAAGAUGAGUGCAUGGAUUACGAUAAUAGGGAUCCACAUUUCGCAAUGCCUCCUUGCAUUGCGGAUAUGGGCUGUUUGGCUGAAUAGCCCUUCUGUUCUGGUUAUGUUGAUCGCGUUGGCGUUGUCAUGCUCGAUUCCUGCGGUGUUCUUCUUUGUGAGAUUUGUAAGAGGAAUCCAUUGUCCCGAACUCUACAUCCCCGGCACAGUACCACUGCAAGGAUGCUUUUGUUCGACGGAGAACAAGGACCUUUACCUGAGUUGGAGUAUGCUAAUGGUCAAUAAUACUGCGGCGUUCAUAAUAACGUCUAUACCCGGAAUUAAAGCCUAUCGGACAGGCGGCAGAUCGAACCUUGUGAAAGUUAUAUACCAGGAUGGGGUCAUAUACUACGCGUCAAUGUUCUUGGCAUCGUUGAUCAACAUCGUGGUCAUUCUCCAACUACCGUCCACUUUCGUAAUCAUGGUCUCUCCCCUUGAACGGGUCCUCCACUCUAUUAUCACCAGUCAUUUAAUUCUUCACCUACGAAAAGUAGCUCCCCGGGGUUAUGUCCAGAAUUGGGACACGAUGAACGGACUCACAACCGAAGAGCUCACGAUUCAAGAGCACACCGAGAUGUCGUUCGUUUCCAACGCGUUACGAACUGGCACUGAACCUGAAAACCAAGGAAGAUAGAGAGUUUGAAGGAAUGUUAAAAGGCAAUCGCUAUUGAUGAUCUGGUAUCGCGCAUUCCUCCUACACUGUCUGAUGCUGACUUAACAUUUACGGAACAAUUUUUACUCGCUAUUCCUUAAACUAUCC